AUGAGAUCCGCAGCGCUGAAUUUUCUGCUUGGACUGAUUGGCUUGAAAUCGACAGAAGCAGUGCCGACUUUUACUCUCGGGAGUACAGGUGGAAAGACAAAUGAAGCUCCAGUGGAUUACGACGAUUUAUUUUCAAACUACGAUUCGUACUACAAUUACAAUUACUACGGAGCGAUUCCAACGCAGUGCGGACUCAGUUUUGACGAUGAAGGAUACUUUGAAAGCGAGCAUCCUUAUAUGGCCAGAACUAGCUGCAUGUACAACGUGACGGCCAGCGAAGAGAUCGAAAUUCGCGUUUCGAGACUUCAGCUCGAAGUGACAGAAGAUUGCUUGUACGACAAUAUUCAAGUCUACACUGGUCACGAUAUGCUGAGCGUCUUCUGCGGGGAGAAUCCGUAUCAAGAGUGGACCAAGAUUGAUUCGCGGCAAUUUGGAGUGUUUUUUGAUGGAUUUAGCGGCGGGCAUUAUGGUUUUAAAAUGCAUUGGAGGCCUGUUACGCAACGAAACCGAUUAAGCGAACUCGGCUUCAUCGAACUGGUCAAUCACAAGUACGAAAGACUCAUCAGCGCGAGACAACAAAAAGCUGGAAACAAAACGUUUCGAAGUCGACUGAUAGCCAAAUUUGCGACUCUUGUGGAGAACGUGUUCGACAAUAAAGAUCGACAGGAAAAACUUCGAAAAUGCGCGAUUGAGCAAGGAGCCGCCCUUGAAUCAUCCGAAAUUCCCUCCCUCUACCGAAUUCAAAUCGAAACUGCGACUACGACUUCGAAAAUAAUGGAGAUUCUAAUGAAAGUUAUCGAGCGACAGGAUGACCUUUGUCGUAAUGACGGGCGAAGAAACCCAGAUCAUCCGAAAAGAUGGCUUACUUGGUUCAAUUGGAGAAGUGAAAAGCUCGAAUCUUUGAAAAACAAGAAUCUGGUGAUGUAA